AUGUCUCAACCUCCGAAGAACCCCGUGACCAGGUCACAGAAGGCAGGAGAGGCGGAACCCGGUAACGGGCCACCAGCAACCUCAGCGGCAGCCCCGAUGAAUCCCAACCCAACGGGGGAGACCAGCACGACCUCGUCUAAAUCUAAAGACAAUGGGGCAGCCGAAGCGGCGCAACCCCCGAAAGCCCCUGGCAAGGGCCCCGCGGCAAAAGAUAGAUCCAAAAGUGCCAAGUCCGGUGCGGUGAUAGACGUGGACGCAAACCCAGCCCAACCACCGACGCUACCCGACUCAAUCCCACCAACCUUGUUGAGCGCUUUAGGAACGGACUACAUCAAGAGCCUCGGCUCCAAACCUGUUGAAUCGUUGAAUAAACCAAUCGCGGUCAAGAACCCCCUAGCUGGCAGCGCAACCCCCGCAGAAAUCCGCCCACCGACAGGCGCGUCGGAAGAGUGCAAGCGGAUCGGCAUCAAAGCGAUUGAAGCCGAGCUAGCAGGUGAAACGGCAACGGCGAACGCCUUGUUCAACCUCUACAAAGCCAUGUCAACCCCAAAGGCCGAUGCCCAUCUAGCCAACUCAGUUAACGUUCAAGGGCACAUGGGUACCCCGAUGCCAGCCCCCUCAAACGAGGGAGGCCUCAACUUUCAAGACAUCCAGGCCUACGGCAGCGUUGGCGGCGUGGAGUCCAUCCCGGACAUUUCCGUCCUGCGAGAAGACAUAGCAGCCAUCUGCUAUGCGCAGUGCCGCAAGUUCGACGAGUUGGGCUUCACGGACAACCCCUACGCUAAAGACGGCCCGAGAUCCAACUGGGAUCCCCUCACGGGGGCACCGAUCACCGGCAGAGCCGGAGCAAAGACCUACUCACCAAACCCCAACCCGGGCCCCGGAGGGGGAGGAGGAAGGGCGCGCUACGAGAAGAAGUCAGGCUAUAAGGGCUCAAACUUCGACCCAAACUAUGUGGACAAGCGAGCGAACAACUCGGCCAACAGGGACCGCGGAAACUCCAACAACAACGGCUCAGACGGCCCCAACCACAAAAAGGCUAAUCACGGAACAAAGCCCAGCGGAGAAACCAACGCGUAG